AUGGAACCAUCAACACCCAAAGUGUCCACCCAAAGUGGUACGUUCCACGUCCACGUCGCCACUCCCAUCCCCAAGAUCCCCAACUUCGCUCACAACAUCUACAACGAAGCACCCAACACCCUCUCCCAAACGUCUACUGCGUACCCAGCGCUGAGCAUUGAGACCGAGACCGAAGAGAAGGCCGACUCUGAAUGUGAACAGCCCUACCAAUUCCUAACAAAAGCACUUUUUGAGACAGACCACGCUGACUCGGACACAAUGGAUCUAACUAUAGGUUCAGAGUCAGACUUCUCCGCCUCAUCGGUCGAUUCAGACGAAGACGAGGACAAGGACAACUCCUUCCAGGAAGAGGCGCAGAUCGAAGAAGAACAGCAGACGCUGCGCCAUCUGGACUUCUUCCUCGACAACUCCAAGGACAAGCACUGCAUCCCGCUGACGAUCGAGCCGCUGACUGGCACCGAGAACUACAAGUCCUGGCUGACUGGCAUCGAGCUGCUGAUGCGCCAGCACCAGGUCUGGCAGCUUGCUAUUGGGGAAAUCGAGCCGCUGGAUGAAAGUCAUGAUCGCUACCUUUGGUGGGUGCUUAUGCGGGAUGUCGCCAUCACCUGCAUCUUUGCCAAUGUCUCGCCUGAGAUCCGCAAGGAUCCUUGCUUUGUUUGUGCUGUUGAUAACAAGGAUCCUGAACUUAUCAUGCAGAUGCUGUGGAUGCAUUUCUCGGAGUCGAAUGGUGGGAGCCAUGACCAUGAUGAUGAUGGAGAUGUGUCGUCUUGA